AUGGUCCGGACAGGCCUGGGGAUCAUUGCGCGGAAUUGGCGUGGAAAGAUAGUGAAAGCUAAAGGCAUCGUGACACGGAGGAGAGGAGCACCAGCAAUCGAGGAAGCAAUGGCAAUAAGGAGUGCGUUGGAAAUGGCCACAAAUGCAGGAUGGACUACAAUAGAGGUCCAAUCUGAUUGCAAAUGUGUGAAGAGAGGACAUCCGCACAUGUUAGGCAAGAAUCCGGACCAAGAUCUGGCAAAAUUGGACAGAAAACAUGGUCCUAUAACGUGCAUGCGAUUUGGUUAUGUCCCAGCAAUCAUUUUCUCAUCCCCUGAGGCAGCUGAGAAGUUCCUCAAGACUUAUGAUCAAGUUUUUGCCAGUAGGCCUCAUCAUGAAGGUUCUUGGUACAUUGCUCAUGAGCUGAGAAACUCGACUUUUGGCCAAUAUGGUACAUUUUGGCGAAACAUGCGUAAGCUUUGCAUUUUAAGGUUGUUAAGUAACUACAAGAUCAAAUUGUUUCUCCCAAUGAGAAUAGGAGAGAUUGGGAUUUUAGUGAAAUCAUUAAAACAGGCUGCUUUUCACGGUGCUGCUGUCAAUCAUAGUGCAGCCAUUUCGUCCUUAGGUGCAAACAUGAAUUGCUUGAUGAUAUUUGGAAAAAUGUGUAUGGAUAAGGAUUUUAAUGAUAGGGGUUUAGAGAGGUCAUUGAAGAAGCAUUGCAUGUUGCAGCAAUGGCUAACCUCUGUGAUUACUUUCCCCAGCUUCGUGUGCUUGAUCUUCAGAGAUUUGCACGUUGGUUGA